AUGAAACUCGCUGUCGCCCUCGCCCUGGUCACCCUGGCUCUCUACUGCAGCCCUGCUUCUGCAGAGACCUGCCCAAGUUUUCUAGGUGUCAUUCAAACCCUCUUCCUGGGGACGCCUGCCAGUUAUGAGGUCGCAGUGGCACCCUUCAGCCCUGAUGCAGACAUGAAAGAUGCCGGGAUCCAGUUGAAGAAACUGGUGGACACCCUCCCCGAGAAGGCCAAGGAGAACGUCAUAAAGCUCAUGGACAAAAUAAUAAAGAGCCCACAGUGUGCUUAGGAUGUAGAAGCUGAAGACUUCCAGCUGCUGAAGCCGCGGCCACUGCCCAGAGGAUGAGUCCCCACCAGCCCUGGCUGGCUCCCUUCAAUAAAAGACAAGCAUCUCA